AUGGAUGAGAUUGGAAACAAAGAUAAACAGUCAGUGAACAUUUCUGAAGAGAUCAACAGGAAAAAGCAACAUCAAACAGAAACUGAAACACUGCUCAGCAGACUUCACCUUCAAGACAAAUAUGAACAAAAGUUGACACCAGCUGACUUUCUUAAGAUAAGUCCACCUGUGAAACAGCAACAUGACACAUCUGAGAAAGAUCUAGCUCACACUUUUCUUCAGAGGUUGAUGAUGUUAGACUACAGAGCCAGAUAUAUUCCUGUAAAACAAGACAGUCCUACAGGGAGCUACUCAAAGCCACAGAGUACAGAAACAGAAGAUGAUGACUUUGAUGUUGUUUUUAGUACCAGUGUAGAUUCUGAUCAGCCAAAACAGUCUCAUGUUCAUCCAAUGGAUGUUCAAAUGGCAGUAUUUCACUGCUCAGACAGCUUUCUGAAGCAGAACAUGAUCACAAAGCUAUCACAGUGUCAGUACGCCUUACCUUUGCUUGUUCCUGACCCAGUCACAUUGGCUAUUGAGUGUCCUCUGUGGACAUUCAGACAAAUAAUGAAAAGCUGGAAGAUAACACAAACCAAAGAUAAUUCAAACAUUGUCACCAUGAAGAGUAUGCCCAUUUACAGAGCUGAGACGCCCAUGGUGUCAUUUUUCCGUCUUGGUUCACUGUCACUGUCUAAAUCUCAGCUGAUGAACACUUUGAUCAACGAGCGUCACAGCACCUUCUUCCACAGAAACUGUCCAGGAAGCACCAAAUCUCGCCAUUUGAUGGACGGUGUGGCAGAGAUUGCCUGGUACUGCCCUGCUGGAAAACCCAAUGAUGCCUUCACUGACUGCAUUACCUUCUGUAAUCUUCAUGGUGAUGCUCUGACGAUUGAAAAACAGCGUGAAAUACUGAUGGAAAAGUCUUCAGUCAAUGUUGUUCUGUUACCAACUCUGGAGAGAGGUGACAAAAGUACAACAGUUAUCUCAGCCCUUCUCAAGUCUCCAAAACCUUUCAUUUGUCUCAUUGUUGAUAAUGAUUGUGGUGCAGUUGAGAUGAAAGAGGGAAAAUACAAAAUGGGUCUGAAAGACAAAAGCCAGUCAGAUGUUUGUGAAGAACUGAAAGGAAUCAUUGGAAAAAUCUUGUCUGGACCACAUACAUCCUUCCAGCUAGAAACCAUGGCUGAGGUCUCUGGAAUCAGAGUGGAUGAAGAUGACACAGUCUGCCAAAGAGGAAGAUCUGCUGCUAUGAAAAUAGUGUGUUUACUUCAAGGGAUGGAUGUUUCAAAGAUCAAAGAUAAAUAUCUCCCUUGUCAAGGCCAACGGUGGCAUGAUUGGUGCAAAAUAAACAAGCAACAGUAUCACCUCAAAGGGAACAUUGAGAAGGAGAAAUGUAAAAAGCAACAGGAAAUGAAGAAAAUACGUCAAGAACAACAUUCUGCUUCCUGUAGUGAACUGAUGCAGUUGUUCAUUGAAAGUCUCUCGUCUCUGCCAUCAGAAGAAAAAGAAUAUUUCCUUAAAUGGAUUCAGAUCUUACUGGAUGCACUCUCUACAGAUGAUCUGUCUUCAAUUCUCCAAAAGUAUGAUGAGAAGUGGUCUGAGGUCUUGGCUUUGAAGAAGAAGCAUGAUAAAUCUGAUCAGUUAAAAAGAAAGCAAACUGAGCUUGAGCAAAUAUCAAAAAAACUGCAGUCGCCUACUUUUGGCUUAGAGCACAUCUUUAGAGAAAUUGGACAGAUCUAUGAAGCCCAUAAAUCUCUGCAGGAAAAAACAAAGAUGGAAGAGACUGACUGGUCUAAAUACCCUGAGCUGGCUGCAGAGCUGAUGAUAUCAGGACACCCAAUGGAGCUGAUGGAUGGUGAUGCAGGUCAUGUGCCUUUAACAUGGAUCUCUAGUCUUUUAGAUGAAGUCAUCAAGAAACUGGGCAACAAGAGAGUUUUUGUUCUGUCAAUUUUAGGCGUACAAAGCAGUGGAAAAUCCACCAUGCUGAAUGCCAUGUUUGGAUUACAGUUUGCUGUAAGUGCUGGCAGGUGCACCAAGGGUGCCUUCAUGCAGCUGGUCAAAGUGUCAGAGGAGAUGAAGAAAGACUUUAAGUUUGACUAUGUUCUAGUGGUGGACACCGAAGGACUGCGUGCUCUUGAGCUGGCAGGUAACGCCACUCUUCACCACGACAAUGAACUGGCAACAUUUGUCGUUGGUCUGGGAAACAUGACAUUGAUCAACAUCUUUGGAGAGAAUCCAGCUGACAUGCAAGAUGUCCUUCAGAUUGUUGUUCAGGCUUUCAUGAGGAUGAAGAAAGUUAAACUUUCUCCAAGUUGUGUGUUUGCUCACCAGAAUGUUUCAGAUAUUGGAGCUGCAGAGAAAAACAUGGAUGGAAAGAGACGACUGCAAGAAAAACUGGACCAGAUGGCUAAACUAGCUGCCAAAGAGGAGGUUUGUGAUGCUGAAUGCUUCAAUGAUGUCAUUAAAUUUGAUGUGCAGCAAGAUGUGAAAUACUUUUCCCAACUGUGGAAGGGAAGUCCACCCAUGGCUCCUCCAAACCCAGGUUAUAGUGAGAGCAUUCAGGAUUUAAAGAACAUCAUCCUCUCUAAAGCUUCACAGUCUGCUGGGACGACUCUCUCACAGUUCAAAAGCAACAUAAAGGACCUGUGGAAUGCUCUACUGAAUGAAAACUUUGUUUUCAGUUUCAAAAACACACAUGAAAUUGCAGUGUACAGAAAACUUGAGGUCCAGUAUGGGAACUGGACCUGGACCCUGAGGAGCAACAUGUUGACCAUUGAGAACCAGCUUCAUACCAGGAUUGAAAAUGGAAAACUUGACAAUGUUGAGAUCAGUUAUCUUUUUAAAGAAAUGAGGAAAACAUAUGAAGAAAUCAAAAAAGAGAUGACUACGUUCUUUGAUGAUGACAGAGACAAAGAAAUGUUGGUUCAGUGGCGAGGCCGAUUUAAAAACAGAAUCAAAGAGUUUCAUGAUGAACAGGUGAGAGGAGUUAAAAGAAAACUGGAUGAGGUCAUUCAGCAGAAGAAGGCUCGUAAAAAGAUGGAUGACAUGAAGACAGUGUUUGAGAACAAGCUGCUACAAAAGAGCAAAGAACUCGCUCAUCAGUUGAAAAACAAGACCAAAGAUGAAGAGGAACUCAAUAAACAGUUCAACAGUGUUUGGAGUGUCUGGGUUACUGAAUUAACUAGAGACAUAAAACCUAUUGAGGACAUCAACCUGGAAGAAGAUGAGUUUACUAUCCUGCGAGAGCUUGGUAUUGAAUGGGCUCUAAUACAUGAUUCCAAAACCAGUGGCAGAUACAAAAACAUAUCAAGUAUUGGGGAUUAUCAUCAUUAUGUAACCACAAAGAAGAAGUUCGAUCAAUGCAAAGAACAAAAAAACGAGGAGAAAAAGGACACACAACAACAGGGUCUACUUCACAGAUUGACUGGAUUCUUUGCAGAUAAAAAACAAGAAACACUAAAUUACUUUAGGCCUUCUGUUCCACAUGAAGAACAAAAACAGAUCAGAUCCUUCAUUGAAGAUGUUGAACAACAGUCUCUUUGUAACAUUAAGAGCAAACCUGUAGCUACAAGAGGCUACAGUCUAGCUUACUUGCAGGAAGUGGCCAAAAAUGUCAAAGAAAAAGUGGCAGAGUUUGAAUCAGAGAGGAAAUAUGCUCUGAAGAAGGAGUUUACAGUUGAUCUGUUACUGUAUGUGUUUGACAAGGCAGGAAGUUGGAUUUCAGAGUCACACAACAAAUUCAGGAAGAGCAAUGAUGCUCUCACUUAUUUAGAAAGCAAGAAAAAUGAAUAUUACAACAUUUUUAGAAGUUUCUACAAAGGAAACUCAUCUGCUGUUGUGCUUGGAGAACUGAUCUGUGAAAAACUGAAGGUUUCUACUGUUGAAGCUGUCUGUAACAAAACUGCUAUUGAUCUCGCUGGAGAGAUGAAGAGCAGUUACCCAGCAUUCAAUGGGAACAGGUUGGACUUGGAGAAAUAUGUGUUGAAGUCACUGGCAGAGAAAGAAGACUUUGAUGGUUUCAUUAACUACAUCCAACGCCCAAGGAGCCAAGUAGAGAGUUUCAUAAAAGAGGAAGUAAAGAAAUACAUCUUCACAGACAACAAAGAUAAAGCACAGAAAAUACUGAAGAAAAAUAUUGAUGACAUCAAUAAACUUGUGAGUUACGCUUUGUUUGAUGCAACAGAGAAAGUCAAAACUCAGAGAGGAAACACAGACAUGUGGCUGAAGGAAUUUUCCAGUUUGAUAAAAUAUAUGCUGACAUUUGACACUAUUAGUUCUGAAAAUUUCAGUGACAUAAAUAAAUUUGACUUUCUUAAAGAAGAGAUAAAGAAAGGACUUACACCUAUCAUUGAAGAGCUAAGCAGCCUCUCUUUGGAAAAGAUGAAGGAAUUCAGGCUGAAGCCAGAUCAAAUCCUCAUUGAUCAGCUGUGUAACUGCUGCUGGGUAACGUGUCCAUUCUGUGCAGCUGUUUGUACAAACACCAUCAAAGAUCACAGUCCUGAAGAUCACAGUGUGCCUUUUCAUCGACCAGAUGGGAUCAAAGGAUGGCACAACACAGAUGAAAUGAGCAUUGAUUUCUGCACAACAAGAGUUGCAAGUGAUGGCAGUUUUUACCCUCAUCAUGAUUCAGACAAGUCCAUUACCUUUAAACAGUACCGCACUGCUGGCCCAGAAUAUGAAAACUGGAGUAUUACCCCUGAUGAGUCUAAGCUGCCAUACUGGAAAUGGUUUGUAUGUCGAUUUCAAAAGCAGCUGGAACAACACUAUAACUUAAAAUUCAAGGGCAGAGGUGAAAUUCCUGAAGAGUGGAAAAAAUACUCCAAAGAAGAAGCUAUUGAAAGUCUGGAUGAAAUGUGUCAGUGAACCAACACAACACAACUACAACCCUGCUGACAAUUAUAACACUCUUUUGUUUUCAUGAACCAAAAUAACACAAAACAGUGUUUUCAGAUUUAUGCAGAUGUUAUAGUUGACAGGUGAAUUAGUGUGUGAGUAAUAAAUGUGAACAGUCAGUGAACUCAUACAUACACAAGACUUUCUGACUGUUGAACACACAUCUGGUUGCUUGAUUGAAAUCAACACAUCAAACUAAAGAGGACACAAGAACAAAACUACUUGAAGGAUGUUUGUUUCAUAAAAACUUCAAAUCAAUUUAUCAUCUACAAAGUCAGUUAGAGGAUUUCUGGAAAUGCAGAUAGUUUCCAUAAAUGUAAAAGCAGAACACAAUAUGUUGUUUGUUUGUUUAAGAAAGAGACUUGAUGGAAGUACUUUGUGUUAUAUGUAAGAUGAGACAAAGGAUGGAUAUUUGAAUUUGAAUGAAAUCAGAAUACAUGAAGUUUAAAGUGUGAAGUUCAAUUAUUGAAAUCUAAAUUCAAUUCUCAAAAUCCUGUCAAAGAGGUUUUGUCUGUUUGUAGAAAGUUACAACAUAAAAACACAGUUUAAGUUGAGUCA